AUGGUUACAGCCGACGUGACGCAGUUUGGCCUCAAGAGGGAGCAGUUGAUCAACAGUGAGAGACCCAUUGGGUUGCAAACUCAGGAAAUUGGAUGGACAUCCGAGGACCCCGAGUCUAUACUCGACCAGGCCCACCUCAUCAGCCAGGACACUGUUGUCUACAUGACGCUGAGUGAACUUAGGCGAGAAGAAGAGAAGCUGAGGAAGCGGAAACUCAAGCAUAAGUUCCUCAUGCAUCAAUUCCGCGUGACAACCUUUGCUGUCCUUCUAAGUGUUCAAAAGGUCCAGAACAAACCAAAGGAGAUUGAUCCAAGUACUCACCCCUUGCAAUGGGAAAGGUUGAAGGAGCUUUUAAAGAGCUUAAGUUCUUCCAUCGUUCUUGAGAGAAAAGAUGCUGUUAAGGCUCUGAACUACCUUAAUUGCAACAAUAAGGAGAUAAUAUCUGCUCUCCAUAACACAGUACGUAUUCACAUCUGCAACCUUCAUCUCAUCUACAGAUUAUCUUCAAAAGGUGACUGGAGGUUGCAGACCGAUAAAGACUGUGCAGUGCAAUGUGAGACGAUGAAGGCUCUGGUCACGCUGGGUGAGUGCUCAAAAUAUAGGACUGCUGUUCCACUCAACAUCCCACUGACAGCGAUUCAGCUGUUGGCCACACCCGCCUGGGCUGGAUACUGGGAUGAAGACUUGAUAACAAAAUUUGUCGAUCAUUUGAGUUGGUCAAGCGGCACACAUCUGGAAGAAUUAAUUGUGAUUCUGAGGGGGACACUGCGGGACUUGUCACUUGCACCCGACCACCAGAACCUGGAGUUCAAAGCAAAGGAGAAAUUGCAUUUACUGUUGACAGCAUUGAUGACAGCUCCUCAUUCCAAAGACAUGAUCCCUGUGCAUGCUGCAGCCUCCCUUUGUUACCUCAACAGAAAUGAUCAAGACGCCACUGAAUACAUCAUGAGCUAUCUUUACGACGGUCACACCUACCAAACGAAUCUGGCACUGGAUGUGGUGAUAAGGUAUCUCGGGAUAUAUAAGACUUUCCCAAUCCAAGUUGUCCUGAAACAGAUCCAAACCUCUCGUAUUUACAAGCAUCGGUUAGAGGCACUAGAUUUAUUGGUCGUCGUUGGAACGCGGCGCAUUAUGGAAGCUAAUAUGUACCACACUGUGGCUAAUGUGCUGAUGAAAAAACUAUGGGAAGACCCAGUCGUGGCUGUGUCUCGCCGGGCAGCCAUGAUUGUGAAUAUGCUGGGCAUGAAAAGGGGUGUGUGGGAUGAUGUUGAAGAGCAGCUGGAAGAUAAUGACGCAUUGGCCCGGGGAAGAGCAGUCAUCUCUUUGGGCAUUCUUGGGCUGCCCAACCGGAAAGUGCUUAACACACUGCUUGAGAUGCUGGAGUCAGACAUCAGCCAGUACGUGCGAUUCCAGAUAAUGCGCACAUUUGCUAAGCUGCAUCUGAAAGAUGAUCAAGUGAAGCUGAGCCUGAUGAACCGACAGCUUGGAGGAGGACCACUUGCCAGGGAGGCUGAUAGACAAAUGAAGAUCCUUGAAAAAAGUUCCAGUAACCAAAAAAUGACGCUGCCAGCCCAGGCCUUCUAGGGGAGAUGCUACACUGCACUUGCACUCAUUUCACUUUUAAAUUUGCUCAGCCUUGCUAGGUCUCAAUGUUUUUCGCCAUAAGAACAUAGCCUGGAAAGAACUGAGGUUAUUCGGUACAUUGUAUUAAACGGUCUCAGAUCUUUUUAGGCCCGGCUGCCUUCUUCCUGUUAGAAAUGGGGGACAUACAAUCAGAUACCUUUGUUUUAGGAUCACACCUAGCUUAUAGAAUUUCCAAUGUAGAUUGAGAUAAAGCUGGGAAAUGUGACAUUCUGCUCUAUAUUGUUUCAUUUUCCCCUUUCCUGGACUCCCCUAGCUCUACGAUUAAUGUUUUGCUGGUGUCCAAUUUGCUGGUCGUCUCUGUUCCAGACAAGUGUCGGCAGUGCACAUAGAGCCAAGUUUAUUUCGAUUGUUACAUUACAGGAGCCAUGACCUAUUCUGACCCCUGACCUUAUCCACACACAGCCAAGCUCUUUGUAUUUAUGAGCAACAAACCAUUACCUGAUUUUUCCUCCCACAGAUAAACGUGGACUGAGAAUAAAUGCAGCACUUGUGCUGUACCUAGCACUCAGGCCUAUGAUGCAAAUUCUGGUAGGACAUCUUGAGUAAAUGACAGGGACCUCAGGAGCGUUGAUGUACAGGAACCUUGAGUUGCAAGUCCAUAGCUCCCUGAAAGUGGUGACACUGGUGGUAAAGGCAGCACUUGGUAUAUUUGCCUUCCUAUGCAGUCAUUCAUAUAAUUAAUUGGAACGUCAUGUUGCAGCUGUGCAAAACAUUGUUUAGACCACAUUUGCAGUACUGUGUACAGUUCUGGUCACCACACAAGAAAAAAUAUGGUAGCAAUAAAGAAUGCAGAAGAGAUUCACCAGGAUGUUGCCCAGAAGGGAGGGCUGGGGUUUAAGGAGAGAUUGGAUUGCUUUCUGAUCACAUGACAAUGCAGGAAUUGUUAGGGGAAAUCAGCAUGUCUUGCUUGCCUUUAUAAGCAAAGGCUAUUCAUAGGCAGGGGACAUGGGUCAUGAUGUUGCAACUGUGCAAGUCAUUGGUUAGGCUACAGGAAACAUUAGAAAGAAUGCAGAACAGGUUCACCAGGAUGUUGCCUGGAAUGAAGGGCUUUAGUUAUGAGACUGGAUAGGUUAGGGUUCUCAUUGGAGCACAGGAGGCAGAGUAGUGACCUUAUAGAGGUCCAUUUUUUAAACAAUUGCCUCCUUAUUUUGCAACAAUGUUCCCUUAUUUGGGACUCUCCUGCCAGUGAAAACAUCUCAGCCUGCAC